UCUCUGUCUUUCUCUCUCUGUCCCUCCCUUCCUCCCUCCUCAAGAAUCAAUCUGUGGCUAAAACGGGUUAAUUGUUCUUCCCCUUCCUCCAUUUUCACCGGCUUUCAAGCUUCAGGAAAAAAGGAUGAGGUGCUUUGCAAAUGCUUCUCUUUCAACAAGCCCCAGCAGGAGAAGUCUCUUAGAAGAAGAAGCUGAUGUUUCUUCUUCUGAUGACAGCGUCCUGUCACAUCUAUUCAUUUCCGAGACAGAUUCCGAGUAUAUAUCGAGUCCUUCAUCAAAUGCUUCCUUCAAUGCCGGUCCAACAUUGAAUUGCGGCCGCGGGAAUUCAUUAGCUGUACUUUCCGGCCAUGUGGGAUCAGUUUCUUGCCUGGCUCUCUGCGGCGAAUUCGUGCUCAGCGCAUCUCAAGGCACGGAUAUCCGAGUUUGGCAGCAGCCGGACCUUCGGCAGUUUGCAAAGUUCGGCCAUGGAGAUGGCUCGGUUAAGGCGCUGGUUGCAGCGGGGAACAGGGUCUUCACUGCCCAUCAGGACUCGAGGAUCAGAGUCUGGAAAGUGAGCAGAAGCUCCGAGAAUGCCUUCCGAUUGAUCGCCACCAUGCCAACAACCAGAGACUAUCUCGGCAAGUUCAUGAAGCAGAGCAAUUAUGUGCAAACUAGGCGGCACCACCGGCGUCUAUGGAUCGAGCACGCGGACAGCAUCUCCUGCUUGGCUGUCUCGAAUGGCUUCAUAUACUCCGGCUCAUGGGACAAGACCCUCAAGAUCUGGAGAAUUUCAGAUCUCAAAUGCCUCGAAUCCAUUGUUGCGCACGACGACGCAAUCAACGCAGUUGUAGCUCACAGAGGACUAGUGUACUCUGCAUCAGCCGAUGGCAAGGUGAAGGUGUGGAACAAGAACAAUGCUUCUUCUUUUAGCUGGAAACAUUGCCUGUGGAGUCUACUAGAGGGACACAAGGAUGUGUCUCUGAACUCAAUAGUUGUAUGUGAGGAUGGGAGAUUGGUAUAUGGGGGGGAGUCAGAUGGGUAUGUCAUGGGGUGGGAAGGGGAUGCUGAGUGUCAGAAAUGGAAGUUGGUAUGUGAAGUUAGAGCACAUGCCAUGGCUGUGCUGUGUUUGUGUUCAGUGGGGGAGUUUCUCUGCAGCGGUUCUGCUGAUAAGAGCAUCAGAGUUUGGAAGAGAGAGAUUGGUGGUGGGCUUUCCAAUUUGAGGGUUAUAUGUGGGCAUGAGGGGCCAGUUAAGUGCCUGCAAGCUUCUUCACCCAGUGUUGGAGGAGGAUUCAUUCUGUACAGUGGGAGUCUUGAUAAAAGUCUGAGGGUUUGGUGGGUUCCUAAGGAUUGUGAUGCAGAGAAUGAGAAUGAUCCUUAUACUAUAUACAAGAAAGAUCAGAAAGAGAGGCAUGUUAUUGCUGUGCCUGUAUAAAUUUUUCAUUACUGGAGCUGCGGAUUUUUUUUUUUUUUUUUUUUUUUUGGUUUUUGGCUUUCAGGGGAUAGUAAAAAAGAUUGAUACCGUGAGCUUUGAUUGCUGCCCAUAGCGGAAAAAUAGGCAAAUGACGCUUUUUUUUUUGUCAUGUUUGAAUGUGUGUAAAAACAGGGGUUUGUUUUAAGAUUGACAUACUAGAAGCAUUGUGAUUUUUUUUUUUUUGGGGUAUCAAUAACAUUCCAGUUUGGUUUGUGGAUUCUUUUAAA